AUGGCGCCUCGACUGCUCUCAUCCAUCGCUCUGGCACUGCUUCUGCAGAUACCGCUCACCGGCGCAAACCAGCAGAAGGUCUUGAACUCGGAUGCCUGUCCCGAUUACGCAACCUACGCAGCCUACCCGCACCGACCGCUCAGCGAGGGCCCAUUGGCCCUUCCGUUUCAACGACCAGAUAAGCGAUGUCGCACGUUUCACUCCGAUGCCAUCGAGAAGGUCAUUGAGGACGUGACGUCCCGCAUGAAAGACGUUGAUCUUGCCCGGCUCUUCGAGAACGCCUUCCCGUCGACGACCGACACGACGAUCAAGUUCCACACGAACGGCGCCGACAAGCAGUCCAAGAGCAAGGGCCACGGCAAGAUCGGUGAGAAGAAUUGGGAGGGUCCGCAGUCGUUUAUCAUCACGGGCGACAUCGUGGCCGAGUGGCUGCGCGACUCGACCAAUCAGCUGUCGCCCUACCAGCCGUUAGCCAAGAAGGACCGCGCCGUGUUUGACCUGAUCCUGGGAGCCAUCAACACGCAGGCCGAGUACGUGAUUGCGAGUCCGUACUGCAACGCCUUCCAGCCGCCGCCCAUCUCGGGCCUGCAUCCCAGCCACAACGGCCAGGACGACGUGGUGCAUCCGACCUACGAGCCUUCGGCCGUGUUCGAGUGCAAGUACGAGCUCGACAGCCUGGCCCACUUCUUGGCCUUGACAAACAACUUUUACGAGCACACCGGGUCGACCGACUUCAUGACCCUUCGCUGGUUCCGUGCCGUCAACACCGUGCUCGAGGUGCUCGAUCAGCAGUCCCAGUCCACGUUUGACCCCGAAUCCGGCCGCUUCGUCGGCAACCCGUACACCUUCCAGCGCCGGACAACCCUCGGCACCGAGACGCUCAAUCUGCGCGGCAUCGGCAACCCACUUAACAACGGCACCGGCCUUGUCCGCUCGGCCUUUCGCCCCAGCGACGACGCCACCAUCCUCGGCUUCUUCAUCCCGGCCAACGCCAUGAUGGCCGCCGAGCUAAAGCGCACCGCCGUCAUGCUCAAAGCUGCCCCUGGCCACUACAAUGCGCUGUCUGACAAGGUCUCCGGCUGGGCCCAGAGCAUUGCCAAGGGCGUCUGGGAGCACGGCGUGGUCAAGCACCGCGUGUUCGGCGACGUUUUUGCCUACGAGGUUGACGGUUACGGCUCGCACAUCCUGAUGGACGACGCCAACUACCCGUCGCUUCUGGCGCUGCCGCUAAUGGGUUUCCUGUCUGCAGACGACCCAACCUACCGAAACACGCGACGGAUGUUGCUGAGUAAGCAGACAAAUCCGUACUACCUGACAGGCCACGACUUCAAGGGUAUCGGAGGACCCCAUAUCGGCCUCAUGAACGCCUGGCCCAUGAGCCUGCUUAUGCAGGCGCGGACAACCGAGGACGACGCAGAAAUCCAAGAAUGUCUCUCCUUGGUACUCAACUCUGCCCGGCUGGGCCUUAUUCACGAAAGCGUCAGCGUGAACCAUAUCCCAUCAUACACACGGAGCUGGUUUGCAUGGGCGAACGGCGUCUUUGCAGAGACGAUACUAGACCUUGCGAAGCGGAAGCCCCAUUUGAUUUUCAAGGCCCCGGCAUUGCCUUACGAGGUAUAA